GCAUUAGUCACAGUGUAAAGGUCGGUGUUUGCUGUGCCCGGUGCGGAAGUGGCACCGUCCCCGUGUCCCUGUGUCCGCGGUGGCUCCGGCUGGCAGCAGGUAGGGAGGGUGAGGGGGGGGGGGUCCUGUGCCCCCCACUACAGAGAGAGCACCCAGUGGGGACCCACUGCGUGUCCCGUGUGGUGAUGGGGGUCCCAGCAGCUCUUUCCCAGGUUGGUGUCCCCUGGGCCUGGCAUGGCCAAUGUCCUGCACCAGGGACGGGGCUGCAGACCCACAGCUGCACUGGGAGGGACCCACACGGACAGGGCUUUGGGGUUCCCAUAGGGACCAGGCUCUGGGAGUCCCAUAGGGAUGGGGGCCAAGCUCUGGGGGUCCUUAUAGAGACCAGUCUGGGGGGGUCCGCACAGGUCCAGGCUCUGAGGGACUCCUAAGGAUCAAGCUUGGGAGGUCUGCACAGGGACAAAACUCUGGAUGUCCCUGUGAUCCCAUAGGGAUGGGUUUUGGGGGUCCCCGCAGCCCCACAUGGCCCAGACCUGGCCCCAUGUCACCAUGACCAUGGUGCCAGGAUGGGGGCAGCCCCCCAGGUACCGUGGCCAAAUCCUUCUCACCCUGCACCCAGCAUCACCCCUUUCCCCCCAGUCCCCAUCUGGAAGGACCCCCUGGGGCAGGGAUCCGUCUGUGGGUGACACCAGGUCCCGGACAGGGCUCUGGGUGCAGGGGAAGGGGAGAGCACCCGUGGCGUCCCCAAGCCCUCCCCAGUCCCUCCCUCAUAACAGACCCCACUGUGCUGGGAUGGCACCGGAUGCCUGAGCCUCCCCCUGCCUGGGACCUGCCAUGGAGACGGUUGUCAUCGUGGCCAUCGGGGUGCUGGCCACCAUCUUCCUGGCAUCCUUCGUGGCGCUGGUGGUGGUGUGCCGGCAGCGGUACUGCCACCCCAAGGACCUCCGGCACCACUACGACACCAAACCCAUUGUGGACCUCAUGGGGACUUCUGAGACACCAUCAGAGCCCUCAGAGCUGGAGCUGGACGAUGUGGUCAUCACCAACCCGCACAUCGAGGCCAUCCUGGAGAACGAGGACUGGGUCGAGGACGCCUCGGGUCUGGUGUCCCACUGCAUCGCCAUCCUGAAGAUCUGCCACACGCUGACAGAGAAGCUGGUGGCCAUGACCAUGGGCUCGGGUGCCCGCGUGAAGUCCCCGGCCAGCCUCGGGGACAUCAUCGUGGUGGCCAAACGCAUCAGCCCCAGGGUGGAUGAUGUGGUGAGAUCCAUGUACCCGCCGCUGGACCCCAAACUGCUGGAUGCCAGGGCCGCAGCGCUGCUGCUGUCGGUCACGCACCUGGUGCUGGUGACGCGCAGCGCCUGCCGCCAGCCCUCCGCGCGGCACUGGGUGGAGCGGUCGCUGGCGGCGGCGGAGGAGCACAUGGCGGUGCUGCGGAUGGCGGCCAUGGCGGCCGAGCCCGAGCGCCCGCCCGGCGCAGAGAGCCUGCGCCAGGAGCAGUCGGUCAUGUGACCCCGGCACCGCCGUGCCUGGGGAACGUGGGGGG